AUGUUGUUCACAAUCACAAGUGGUACUAUAAGCUCCACAUUUGCUGUCUUAUUUGUGCUCCUAACAACCUCUGCUAUAUGUUGUGUAAGUGCUGGGAUCAGCUCCAACAUUAGGUGCCUAGAGACAGAGAAAAAUGCUCUGCUUCAGUUCAAACAAGGCCUAGUGGAUAACUCCAAUGUUCUUGGAUCUUGGGAAAGCAAAAAAGAUUGUUGCCAGUGGAGAGGAAUUGCAUGCAGCAACCAAACAGGUCAUGUAACCAUGCUGGAUCUCUACUAUAAUUCUUCUGAUAUUUACAAUCUUGAAACUCCUUUAAGUGGUGUGAUUGCUCCUUCUCUGCUUGAAUUGCGAUAUCUAAAUUACUUGGACCUGAGUUUCAAUAAUUUUGAGGGAAAGAUUCCCGACUUCAUUGGCUCUUUGAGUCAGCUGAAACAACUCAAACUUGCAGGUGCUAGUCUUAGCGGACCUGUUCCUCCCCAACUGGGAAAUCUCUCUCAUUUGUAUACUCUUGAUCUUGCACAUAACUUCGUUACUUUUGAAAAUCUUGAGUGGUUAUCUCAUCUUUCCUCUUUGAGAUACCUGAACAUGUCAAGUCUUAACUUCUCUAAGGUUGUAAAUUGGCCUCACUCUAUAAGCAAGCUCCCUUCACUGGUUGAGCUGCAGUUAUCUUCAUGUAGUCUUCCUAAUGUCGACCUGAGAUCGCUUUCUUUCGUCAAUUCUUCAACCUCUCUUGAAGUCCUUGAACUCUCUGAUAAUUUUCUUAAUUCUUCCAUUUUGUAUUGGAUGGCCGAUAUCAGCACCAGCCUUGUACACAUUGGAUUGAUGGGAGACCGGUUACAAGGUCUCAUCCCAGAUGUUUUCUCAAACAUGGUUUCUCUAACAUCUCUUGAUCUGUCUUAUAACCAACUUGAGGGUGGGAUACCAAAAUCCUUUCGAAACCUAUGCAGAUUAGAAUCAUUGAACUUAUGGGAAAACAAACUUUCUGAUAAACUUCAAGACUCUAUCGAAAACUUGUCUUGUGCCCAGGAUACCCUUGAGUCCUUAAAAUUAAGUGGCAACCCGUUUUGGGGGCCAUUUCCUGAUAAUCUUACACGAUUUUCAUCCUUGAAAGAACUAUACAUCGAUGGUACCAAUAUGAGCGGGCCUCUCCCGAAAAGUUUUCAGGAACUUUACCAACUAAGAUCCUUGAGCCUAGUUUUAAACCAGUUCAGCGGGCCAUUACCAGAUUUUACAGGUCUUUCAUCAUUAAGACAACUAUUUCUUUCCAGAAAUCAACUAACCGGCUCACUACCUGAGAGUAUUGGGCAACUUUCUAGCCUUGAAUUUUUGGAUAUUUCUGUGAAUUCUUUGAAUGGUGUCUUAACAGAAGUCCACUUCUUGAACCUCUCUCGUUUACAGUUUUUGGAUGUUUCUUACAAUCCUUUGUCUUUCAACUUGAGUCCGUAUUGGAACCCACCUUUUCAACUUCACAUAUUAGACAUGAGUUCUUGCAAUGUAGGCCCUGAAUUUCCCAAAUGGAUUCAGACACAGAGAAAACUUACUGCUCUUGGUAUGUCUAAUGCUGGGAUCUCAGGUUCAGUACCUAAUGAGUUUUGGGAUCUAUCUUCCAACUUACUUGACUUAAAUCUCUCUAUGAACCAAAUCCAUGGGAAGUUUCCUAAUCUAUCAUCAAAGAACUGCACCUUUUUCACAAUUGACUUGACAUCUAAUCAGUUUUCUGGUCCACUCCCACCAUUUCCUUCAAACAUAAGCAAUGUUUUUCUCUCCAAAAACAUGUUUUCAGGAUCCCUAUCUUCCUUAUGUGCAACACAAGCUCCAGAAUUGUAUAAUCUCGACCUUUCUGAGAACCUACUGUCAGGGGAGCUUCCUGAUUGUUGGAUGCAAUAUCAAGCAUUACACUCACUGAAUUUGGCAAAGAAUAAUUUCUCCGGAAAAGUACCGAGCUCAUUAGGGCAGUUAACGUAUGUUGUGUUGUUACGCUUGCAUGAUAACAAUCUUUCAGGAGAACUGCCUCCUUCUUUAAAGAACUGUACAGAGUUAAGAGUUGUUGACCUUGGAGCCAAUAAAUUAUCUGGAAACAUACCAGCAUGGAUAGGCCCCAGCCUAACAAACUUGCUGGUUCUACGCUUACGGUCUAAUGAGUUCUAUGGAAGCAUACCCUUGAGUCUAUGUAGUCUUCCCGCUCUUCAUGUUUUAGACCUCUCUCAGAAUAAUAUAUCUGGAGCCUUGCCACAUUGCCUCCCUAAUAUAACAGCUUUGUCUUCUGUGUCUCCGAAGGUGGAGGAAAAUUGGAUUCUUGGCUUUGUACAACUGGUGUGGAAAGGGAUAGAGAUUGAAUUUGGAGAAAAUCUUAAGCAUUUGAGAAGCAUCGACAUCUCAAACAAUAACUUAAAUGGGGACAUUCCACAAAGUAUAACAAGUUUGCUGAAGUUGAUUUCUCUGAACCUAUCAGGAAACAGUUUUACCGGGGUGCUUCCCAGCAACUUUGGUCAGUUGGAGAUGUUAGAAUCUCUUGAUUUGUCAAGAAACCAGAUAUCUGGUAGAAUCCCUCCAAGUUUUUCAAGCUUACAUUAUCUUAGUGUCUUGGACUUGUCACACAACAACUUAUCAGGAAGAAUUCCACUAAGCACCCAACUUCAAACUUUUAAUGCUUCUGCGUUUAUGGGAAAUCUUGGACUUUGCGGGCCUCCACUCACGCCAGAAUGCCCAGGGGAUGAAGCAACUCAAGAUCCUGCAGUCCCCAAUGGAGAUGGAGGUGAUAAGACCAAACAAGAAGAUGAUGGUCUCAUAAGCUUCGGAUUUUAUGUCAGCAUGGUGCUUGGAUUGAUCAUAGGAUUCUGGGGAGUCUUUGGUACUUUACUACUUAAGAGUUCUUGGAGAUACGCCUAUUUCCGUUACUUGGAUAAUAUAAAAGAUCGGAUUAUGUGACAACAGCCAUGCACAAGGCAAAGUUGCAGAGGAGACUUCAAAGAUAAAUGGUUAAGCUAUUUCUUUUAUUUUAGUGUUAUGUGUUUGUGGGUUCUUUCGAUAUGCAGUGUAGAAAUUCAAAUUAGCAAUAUGAGAUGAUUAUCAUAUCUGAUCUUCCUUGAUAAUACAGGGGUUCCUCCUUUGAAACUCAUUUUUUGUUUUAACAUGAUUUUACUCCUCAGAAGCUGCUGGCGUAAGGCACAACCUUUUCUCCAGAAGUUGAAGUUUGAGGGCCAACGUGUGAGCCUCAUUUAUUUCAACCAUGAUGUAAUAUUAAAUGUCAUAAACUAUGACGCUUGUUUGUCUUAAGGAUUUUGUAUAAUGGACUGCUCUUUUCUGCUUCGGCUGGCUAUCAUACAUAUGCUAAGAUUGACAACUCUCAGAAACUGGGCUGAUCCCAUCAAACGAAAAUUUUCGCUAAUCGCCCUAGGCGGGCUAGCGCAGGCUAGGCGGGGCUAGGCGGGCUAGGCGGGGCUAGGCGGGCUAGGCGGCGCUAGGCGGGCUAGGCGGGCUAGGCGGCGCUAGGGGGGGCUAGGCGGGGCUAGGCGGGUCUGGGCGCCUGGGCUGAAAGAGGCGCUGGAAAAAAGCAGCGACGCGUACCUGCCUGGGCGUUUUGCCGCUGAGGUGCGGACGAGGGGCGGUUGAAGUGCGCAUGAGGCGGCGACACGCUUCUGGGAAGGAGAAGGGCGCUGUGAAGGAGAAAAUAUCUAACCUAAUUUUCAAUAUAGCUAGGGUUUUGUAAAAUGGGCUUAAACAUAGAAUUAAAA